AUGGGGCGUCUCACGGAGUACCAGGUCAUCGGGCGUCACUUGCCCACCGAGGCAAACCCCACGCCCAAGCUCUACCGCAUGCGCAUCUUUGCGCCCAACCCCGUCGUGGCCAAGUCCCGGUUCUGGUACUUCUUGACCCAGCUCCGCAAGGUCAAGAAGGCCAACGGUGAGAUCGUCAGCCUCAAUGUGAUCGCCGAGAAGCGUCCCACCAAGGUCAAGAACUUCGGUAUCUGGCUCCGCUACGACUCGCGCUCCGGUACCCACAACAUGUACAAGGAGUUCCGUGAGAUGAGCCGUACCGACGCCGUUGAGGCCCUCUACCAGGAUAUGGCUGCCCGUCACCGUGCCCGUUUCGGCUCCAUCAACAUCCUCAAGGUCAUCGAGGUCGACAACGCCGAGAACAUCCGCCGCCCCUACAUCAAGCAGCUCCUCACCAAGGACCUCAAGUUCCCUCUGCCUCACCGCGCCGCCAAGCCUGCUGGCAAGAAGAUCUUCGCCUACUCGCGGCCAUCUACCUUCGCAUAA